UUCAGUUAAAACAACAGAGGACUUCUGUCGUCACCCUUAGCCUACAGUUAGCCAUAAUACAACCAUGUCAUCUGAUCUUAACGGUAAUCAAUACGAAUCGAUCGAAAAACCAGCUACUGCAGGCGCUGCCUGCUUCCGCUGCCGAGGUUUUAGACAUGCCUGUGAUAGGACAAAGCCCUCAUGUCUACGUUGUCAACGACGAGGUAUCAAUUGUGUUUAUCCCGAAGCAGCACCAACUUUGAAAAGGUUACAAAAAGCAACAGAAAAUCUAGGAGAAAGAAUCAAGAAAUUCAAUGAAAAACUGAGAACUUCUGAAAUGUUUCCUCAACAACAAAAUCAACAAAACAUCACCGAUGGCCUUCUUUAUAGUAUGAAUGAUACUAUUCCUAUGAAUGCCGCUGACGAUAUUCCAAUCUUUAUGGAUGAUGUCGGGCUUUCGAUUUGGGAGCAGCAAUUGCAACAGCAGCGGCCUAAAAGGCGUAUAAUACGUCGUGGCAAGGUUGCUUCUACAAGCAACUAUUCUGUUUAUCCCUGCACAAAGUGUUUUAAAGACUUGCAGCAAUGCGAUUUGACACUUCCCCGUUGCAGUCGUUGUGCGGCCAACCAUUUUGAAUGCGGAUACAAAAAAGCCGAGCCGAAAGCAAAUCACGUCUCACAAGUCCUCACCACGAUGAAUAAAAUAAUGGAUCAGUGGCAAGAAUCUAUAGAUAGGGUCGCGAAGGACUUUGCUCAAAAAACGAGAGACCUUUCCGUUAAAGCAAACAAUUCAUUAAAGAUGAAACCUACGCCACAAACUGCCUGGAAAAUUACAUCAACCAAGAGGGGAUUAUCUGUGGAAAGUAAUGUCAAUACCUACAAUGAUCUGUCUCGAUUGAUAGAACAGUUCAAACGCACUAUGUCUAUUACGCCUAAAGAUAAUAAAUCCCAACAAAACAAGCCGAAUACUCUAGCGGCUAAUAUCAAUCAACAGCACUUAUCGAUAGAACUCAAAGAUCCUUUGAUAGAGUUCGAAGAUACGAGUUCAAUUCAUACAACAACAGGUUUUGCCAUAUGGGAUACGUGGGCCUGCUCCUCACAAACCAUACCUCAGAACUAUCCAAUAGAUAUCAAUCAAGAGCUUACUGAUAAUCUAAUAGAUUUAUAUUGUCGAACACCUUGCUGCUCAUCGAUUCGGCUUCCUAUUAUUGAUACAGAAACCUUCUUAAAACGAUAUCAGGAUCCAGAUCCGACCAAAAGACCGCCCACUGUAUUGGUCUAUGCUAUUUGUGCAAUGGCAGCCAGAAACGCAUUCCAACUGCAUGUCUGGAGUAAAAAGCCUACAAGCGAAUCACCUAACUACAAUAUGGGCAAAGCUCUGUCCGUAGCCUACUGUCUUCGCGGAAGGGAGCUUCUAUCCGAAUGUUUUGAUGAGCCUACUUUUGAUCACUGCCAAGCAGCCUUUUUGUUGUCGUAUUGCAAUUAUCAAAACGGUUUUACAAAUGUGAUUUACUUUUAUGAAUGGAUUGCAUUUAAUAUGGCGCAGGAGCUGGGUCUCUAUAAGGAGAGUAAGAAAUUGACGCGCUAUGAAUCUAUGCUGGUUUGGUGUCUUUACGACUGCAAUGCUUGGUAUAAAGCGUUGCGUGGAGGUGAUGGUGCUGGCUCCAGAGGAAUAAGCCAAUGUCGGCCACCCAUGUCAACAUUACCCUCAGCCGUUGCCUGCCCGAAUGCUAACGACCCUGAAAGUGCAUGGGUAGAAUAUUAUGUGUGGAAUAGUUGGGUUUAUCAAAUCCAGUUACAACUGUUACGUGAUCAAACGAUAACUUUACUGGUAACCCAUGAAGGACAAUGUGAUUCAAUCCUGCCGCAAGAGUUGCUGGCUUUACAACAAAAGUUAGAGCAGUUCUAUAAUGAACUACCGUUAGAAUGGAAGCCAAGUACAAGCAGUUUGUACGAAAAUCUCUUGGAUACUGAUUCGCCCUCCUAUUGCUCUUUCAAUGUUCCGUCACCAUGCUGCAGCUUUUCGUCAGCUUCGUCCAAGGAGGAUAGCGAAAGAAAUGACACGUACCAUGUUGACAUGAAAACAUUUUCACGGCAUUGUAUCCAACUGGUAAACCUUCAUUUCUAUAUUAACCAGAUUAUUCUGUACCAGCCUUUUGUGCCUAUGCAUCGCGUACCGUUUACGCACUUAUCCUUAAAAAGUUUGCAAGUCAGCGUAAAUGCAGCAACGCAAAUGACCAAUACCUUCAGACACAUAAUCCAGCAUCAGAAAGCAUGCUAUGUGCCUCUUGUGGGAUUCAUAUUUGCCAAUGUUGUUUAUAGAAAGCUCUUGAGCUAUACAACAGAUGACCAUUAUUACGAAGUGGGUAAAUUAGGGGUGUUACAGUCGAUCGAGUUAUCUAAAUUAUCAAACACUUAUUCCUACGAUUUUGAAAUGGCACGCACUUUGGUGGGAGUUAUGGAGCAAGAUACCCAAUAUGUCGCAGAAGCAAAUAUGACGAAUAGUAAUCCUUAUAUGAUGUUGAUCGAUGCAGCGUCUAGCGCUUUGAGUACUCAAACACCACAGACGCCACUUACACAACAAAAUGUAUAUGAAAUACAGGGUAAGCUUACUUGAUGGUCAGCAGUAAACAUUCUCUUUACUCUUCUAAGCUUAAACGUCCUAUUCUUUAGGUAAGCCCGAAGAAACUUGCCCAAAUAGAUAUUAAGUUAUACCUGUCAUGAUUUCUGCUGCUGCUAAAUCGUUCACAUAUAAUAUUCUAUUUUUGUUCCUUGUUUUCCAUUAUACCUAUUUAUCGUUAUCAGUAAUUUUUUUUCUAUACAUAUAAAUACAUUUAAUAUAAUCCAGUAAGCGUCUUCUUCCCUUUUCCACAUCCAAAU